AUGGAUUCUCUCGACGGAUCCAGCUACGAUGUCCUGAUUUCUGGAACAGGCAUCCAGCAGUCCUUGCUUGCUCUUGCUCUCUCGCGCUCUGGUAAGAAGGUCUUGCAUGUCGACAAGGAUGACACCUAUGGUGGUCCCGAGGCUGCCCUGAGUCUCCAAGAAGCUGAGCAGUGGGUUGAGAAACUCGAUUCUGCAAAGCAAACCAGAUUCAGCAAUGCUUCCAUUACCAAGUCAGCCGAAGGAGAGCAGAAACUCUCUCCUUCAAGGGCGUACAAUCUGUCACUCGCGCCCACAUUGGUCUACACUCGCUCCGGCCUGCUACCCAUCCUCGUAUCUUCCAAGACCAAUGAGCAGCUAGAGUUUAUGGCUGUGGGUGGCUGGUUCGUGUUUGAAAAGCAAGAAGACGGUGCGCGAGUGGUUCGUGUGCCAAAUGGACGAGAGGACAUCUUCGCCGACCCAUCGCUCACUCUGAAGAUGAAGGGUCAGUUGAUGAAGUUCCUCCGUUUCGUAGCCGCGUUUGAAGAGAAGCCUGAAACAUGGCAACCUCAUCGCGAAGUUCCGUUCGCCAACUUCCUCUCUGAGCAGUUCGGUCUGCCGGCGGUCGACACUCUCAUGGCUCUCUGCCUCAGUCUUGAAACUCCAGAGAAGACAACCACCGAGUUCGCCCUCCCCCGCAUUGCUCGUCACCUUCGUUCAAUUGGCGUUUUCGGUCCUGGCUUUGGUGCUGUGAUUCCCAAGUGGGGUGGUCUCUCGGAGGUUGUUCAAGUUGCAUGCCGAGCUUGUGCUGUUGGUGGUGGUAUCUAUGUCCUUGGUCAAGGCAUCUCUUCCAUCGAGCCUACUCAAUCUGAAGAUGACGAUUCAUUGUAUAGUGUCCAGCUCAGUAACGGAGAAAAGGUAUCUGCGCAGUUCAUCGUCGGCUGCUCAGAAGACCUACCUGGAUCCCUCCCUGCCACUACCAUCGGCACCACGGUCGCGGGUGCCCAACCCGACACUGUUUCUCGCAGCAUCACAAUCAUCUCAUCACCUAUGCAGCAUCUGUUCGUCACCGUUGCUGAGGGCGGUGUCUCUCCUGCUGGUGCUGUUGUGGUUUUCCCCGCUGGCUCACUCUCGAGUGCAGCACAUCCACCUGUUCAGAUCCUGGUUCAUUCCAGUGAUACUGGUGAAUGCCCUCAAGGACAGUGUGUCGCAUAUUCAAGCACUGCACUUGCUGGUCAACAAGGCCAGGAGCUCCUUGCCGAAGCUAUCAAGUCGCUUCUUGCAGCUCAAGAUUGCGAGGCUCAAGCUCUGUGGUCGCUCAGCUAUGAACAACAUGCCGAGGCUGUUGCUUCGUCGAACGAGACUUCUCAAUCCAACAUUUUGAAAUUCCAGGACCCACCACUAGACUUCGUCUUUGAUGAUGCGAUCAUAGAGAAUGUACAGGCGGCGUGGCAGACAAUCUUGCCCGAGGCCGAUGACUUUAUGGUCUUUGGAGAGAGGAACGAGGAUGCCCAAGAAGAGGCAGAGGAUGAGGAAUAA